GCCCUUGCGCAGCCGUGUGGCGCGCCUGCGCGGAGGAGACCGGGCGCCCGUCGUAGUGUUGCUGCGCGAGUUUACGGCCAGCCCCCCGAUGGUAUUCGUGGAGCCGACGGGGCGAGCUGUGGGUUCCGCUGUGCGCUCCGCGUUCUGUUUUCGCAGGUACCGUCCGUGGACGCGAGGCUGCCCUCGGAGAUCGUCCCCGGCGACGAUGCACCGGUGCGGGCUGUGAAGCGACGCGGGCCAGGAUUCCCCCGCGGUGCAUCUGCUCAUCGUGUUUCGCUUCCAAUCUCGGUCGGGCGAGCGCGUCCACGCCGAUCGUGCGUGUCGCGCCACGAUGGCCCUCAGCCAGACGAGCGUGCUGAAACUGUACAACACUGUGAUAGAGGACGUAAUAACGGGAGUGCGAGAGUCGUUCAUAGACGAGGGCGUGGACGAGCAGGUCCUGCAGGAGCUCAAGCAGAUAUGGGAAACGAAGCUGAUGUCCAGCAAGGCCGUAGAGUCGAAUCCAGAUCCGCCUGAGCCGCAGGUCCCGCAGAUCAACACGCACAAAGCCGUGUCUGUUAACAAAGCUAAUGUAGGCAAUCAUUUUGUACAACCAUCCGCUGGAAAUGCAGUGCCGCAAGCGCAACCUCAGCAGCAAACCCAGCAGCAAGCACAAGUGCAGCCACAGCAAUCGGCGCAACCUCAGCAACACACGCAUCUUUCCAUGGGAACAACGUUGCAGCAACAGCAGCCGCAGACGCAGCCGCAGCCACAGCCGCAGCCGCAGCCACAGCAGCAGCAGCAUUCGACGACACCGGUGCAACAAGUGGUGACCACCUCGGCUGUGCUCGACCGACAAGUGCCCAUACAGAUCACCUUACCUCCACAGCCCGGCGUUCCGGACGGGCCGCAGCGGAUUUUAAGCAUACAAGUUCCUGCAUCUGCUCUUCAAGCAAACCAGCUACACACGAUUUUAACUGGCCCGGUAAUUUCCGCCGCGAUGGGUCUUCCAGCACACUUAGCCUCGACUCUGUUGCAACAGCAUGUGAAUUCUACGCUGCAAGGGCAGGCAACGUUAGCUCCGUUGCAAGUGAACCAGCCCCUUCAAGUGGUCACACAAAGUACAAACAGCGUUGUCACACAAAGGCCGCCUCAAAGUCAGCAACAAAAUAAUAUAAGUCAGAUGGACGGAGGAGUGGGUGACUCCACUGACGACGAUGACGAAGAGGAGGAAGAAGAUAAUGACGACGACGACGAGGAUAUCGAUGAAAAAGAGGAGGAAGAACAUGACGAGGCGGCGGCUCGCGAAGAGGAACCUCUUAACUCCGAGGAUGACGUUACGGAUGACGACCCCACUGAUCUCUUCGAUACCGAUAACGUAGUCGUGUGUCAGUACGAUAAGAUCACGAGGAGUCGGAAUAAGUGGAAGUUCUAUCUGAAGGACGGUAUAAUGAAUCUAAGUGGCAAAGACUAUGUGUUUCAAAAGGCGAACGGGGAUGCUGAAUGGUAACUUUAGCAAAAGUGCGUUAUGUAUAUAUAUUGACUGAAUAAUAUAUAUGCAUAUUGACGAAAGCACCAUAUCGAUUAGUGGAUUUGGUACCACUAACAUCAUGGACAAUGAACGUGAAGAAAUUGUAUUCUAUAGACAUAGUAUAUAUUAUAUACAUAUAUAUUUUGAAAUCCUCGAUUAUGAACUUUUUCACGUGGAAGGAAGUUGACAAACUUCCGUUCUCUAUUUGUGAUCUGAAAACAGGACGAUAUCGUACGUUUGAGUUAAAAAGUUUUAAGGGAUUGGUAAACAACUGCUUGUGUGUGAGAUUUGGAAUAAUAAAUGUGUCUUAAUACUGUUGCAGGUAUUCACAAGUUCAUUUAUUUAGAGGAACGAAGGACAAAAUUCAGUAUUUAGGAAAUUUAUCAGCGCGUUUCGUUCAGGAAAUUUAAAUUGCUCUGAAGCUGCAACAAAACUUGAUUUCCACGAACUGUUUUUUUAUUUCCAAGCAUUUACAGAGUAACUUAAUGUUUAUUAAAUGUUUCAGAUAUUUUCCAAUUAACUUUCAGAUUUUUAUUUAAUAUGUUGCAAAUGUACGUAUUUUUGGAGUUGCUAGUAUAAUUAUUUUAAAUUGCUUUCAGAACAGUUUAAAUUGCCUUAUUGUUAGUCAAGUAAGGUAGAAGAUUCGUGAGUUAGUAAAUUUUAUGUUAUUAUGCGUCCAUCAAAGGUUGAACGAGAUCAGUGCCGUGAACGUGUUUAUAAAAAUUUGUUCUUAAAUUAUAAUUUAUGAGUGAAGAUUAAUAUUUAGUUAGUUUAAGAUAGUUGUUUAAUUUGGAGAACGACGAUAUAAGCAGGCUUACAAAACUCACGAUGUGAUUAUGAAUACGGAAAAAUAGUGUGCAAUUUCUGUAUAUUGUAUAUGGUAUUAGCUUCGCUGAAGACGGUCCAUAUAUUGGUAUAUGGUUUGAAGUCUGGAUGAAUUAUUUUAAAUAGUCAAAUCUAAUUUGACGAUACCAAAAAGGAGCGUAUAUUUUAUGACAAUUUUGGUGAAAAUUAUACAUCAUAUAGAAUAUGAUUAAUAUACAGGUGCUGUCGGCAAAAUAUUACGGUAUCUGCGUUAUAUUGUUCGUCGUAUGCCUUAUAUAUUCCAAGUUUAAUUUAUAAAUUAAACAUCUUGGAAUUUGCAAAAUAAAUGUUUCACAACAAAA